GACAGCGCCAACGCCGCCAACGCCAUCGUCCUGGCCGAGAUGAACCGCCAGGCCCUGAUGCUGCAGGCCGAGAACGACCAGCUGCGCGACCUGUUCGAGCAGCAGAAGCGCCUGACCGAGCACCGCGAGGGCGAGCUCGCCAGCCUGAUCGACGAGAACGACCGCCUCAAGUCGCGCAUCCGCAAGAACAGGGACCACAUGGCCCCGCUGCUCGAGCAGAUGCACGACCACAGCUCGCCGCGCUCCGCCUAUGCCACCCCGCACCAGCCCACCCCGCGCCGCCUGCACCGCACGCCCCUCUCCAGCGAGAACAUGCGCGGCACCAGCAACUUCGAGGCCCUCCUGCUGGCCGACAAGAUGCUGAGCCAGGAGACGGCCACCGCCCCCGCCACGCCCCGCACCGCCACACACCCCCGGUCUCGAGGCCACCACAGAGGUGCGCAGUCCAUGUCUUCCCUGCCCAACACCCCCAACCGGCGAUCGCACCCCUAUGCACGCCCACCGCGCACCCCGCCCAGCUACACCGCGACCGCCAUCCCCCAGUCCGCGCCGCCUGCUCACUACCACCAGAAGCCUGCGCAUGACCGCCGCCAGAGCUCCAACUCCACCAUCACCGCCUCCAGCGUCGACGACGAGGAAGCCUGCACCGACCGCGAAGACGACCUCAUCGCCGAGUCGCACGCCAGCCAGAUGGCCUCCAGCAUGCUGCGCCACGCGCCCCCGCCGAGGCCCAUGCCCGCGCCCUCGACGAACCUCGUCCAGAGCAAGAUCUUCGGCCACGUCAAAAAGGGGCACAGCGCCGCCCGUCCCAAGGAGUACGAGAAGCGGCGGCCUGAGGUGUCUCACUUGACCAGUCCGCGCGAUCACGGUGCCCAUGGUGUAUCUCACGGUGCCCACGGUGCCCACGGUGUACCUCACGGUGUGCCCCACGGUGACGCCCGCUACUAAGCUACGAUUCAUGACCCGCUGCGCUUGGUUUUUUUUUGAAUGAUUGUUUGUGAGAUAUCCCUUGUUGGCUGGUGCGAGGCACCGCCGUUGCUGUCUGUUCGAUAGUAUAGUCGUGCGCGGGCAUUAUGAGAUGCUGUAAUGAAAUUGUCGGAUGAUCAGGUAUGCAUUGACGUUGAGCAGCUGUGCAUUGGUGUCUGAACUGCUGUGCAUUGAUGUCUGACCAGCUAUGUGCGUUUAAUUGUUA